CCGGCGGCGGCCCCGACGAGCCGCCCGCCGUUGCCAUGUCGCGACAGCCCGGCUUGCUGCCGCCCCAGCUAUCGCCGGCGGCGGCGUCGGCGAGGCUGCGGCGGGCGGCCGGGUUCCUGGCGCGCGCGCUGCCCCUCUGCCGCGCCCACACGGUGGAGUUCUACACGGGCGGGCUGUGGGACCGCCUGGUGGCGCCUCCCCCCGCCGCCGUGCUGCGGGAGCUGCGCGCCGCCGGGCCGCUGGCACUGCGGCGCCCCCUGGCGGAAGGCGGCGGCGGCGGCGGCGCCGCGGCGGCGCUGUGGGAUGAUGACGACAUGUUUUCCAAUGUGUUUUGUGAAAACUCUAAGAAGCUUAUCAAUGUACAUUUGUUUGCCCUGGCUGCUAAAUAUUAUUCUUUGUCCAGCCUUGGAGUAUGUACCCCAUUAGAAGAUAUACUUGAAGCACUGAGAGGAGACAAUCAAGGAACAACAGGUAUCAAAACGGAUGAGUUUAUGAAUAAUAAGAAAUCACAUGAAGUGCAGGUGAUGUCAGAGCUGGUAGACAACAUAGCGAAUUACUGUGGUAUAAAGCAGGUAAUUGAUAUAGGUUCUGGAAAAGGCUACUUGAGUUCAUUUUUGUCCAUGCAAUAUAAUUUAAAAGUUUAUGGAAUUGACUCCUCAAACACCAACACUAAUGGUGCUCAUGAAAGGAACAGAAAAUUGAAGAAACACUGGAGAGCGUAUCAGAGUCGAGGAAGAGCAAACCUCAAAAGCCAGAGGUUGGAAAAGGCAAAUGGCAGGCCAGUGGAAAAUGAAGUUAAAUGUAAAGCAAUCAUUGAAAAGCCCUUAAAUAAUGACAGCAGUCUUCAAAGUCAGGACCAAGGGACUAUCCAAGAUUUAGUUUCUUCUUGUGGUUUCACAGAAAUAGCUACAUCUGAAACCAGCAAACAAACUGAAGUUGAUUUGGUGGCGCGGACACAGUCUGAUGAAAGCAAACUUUCUGAAGAGGUUCUUGCUAUUUUAAAUGUUCUGCCUGCUGAUGCUGUAGAAGUUUUUUCUUCAUCUCAGUCUAACUGUGGGGAACUCUGUGAAGAGGAAAAGGCACAAAGAAAAAUGGCAUCUCUCAAGGCUAAAGCAAGCAAGUCAAGUGAAUCAAACCUGUAUUUUCCAUUGACCUCUUGCAUCACUGCAGAAACAGAACUCAGUGACAUCAUAACGGAUCUGGAGGACUGUAUGAUGGUGGGUCUACAUACAUGUGGCGAUCUUGCUGCAAAUACACUACGAAUUUUUACUGCCAAGCCUGAAAUCAAAGCAGUUUGCAGUGUAGGCUGCUGCUACCAUCUGUUGUCAGAACAGUUUGAAAACCAAGAAGAAUGCCCAGAGGAAUUGUGGGGAUUUCCCAUGUGUCAGUACUUGAAGGACGAGGGCUGGUGCUGUGGUCGCAAUGCUAGAAUGUCAGCAUGCUUGGCUUUGGAGCGAGUUGCAGUUGGCCAAAUGCUGCCUACAGAAUCAUUGUUUUAUCGAGCUGUUCUUCAGGUUAUUAUAGAAGAAAUUUAUGGUGUCACCAAAAGUGAUCGACAUGUUGGGAAAAUUUUCUCCAAAUCAUCCUCCUUCAUAGAUUAUGUCAGAAAGUCUCUGAAAAAGCUGGAACUGGAUGAUUCAAAGCUAUGUUGAAAUCUGCAGCAGCAGAAAACCAUGCUAUUUUGAUACUACUGAGAGGAAAGUUGUUACUGCUCCCUCAACAGUGGUUCUGACACUGCAGUUUUCAUGGUGGAGUCAGCACUCUAGCUACACAAUAUUGGAGAAUGUGUUAAAUUCCUCUCUUCAGAAGAAAAAUACUUACAUAGCUAAAAAUGUGAUGAAGCCUAAACAUUUGCUCUCAAAGACAACAAAAAUCAAAGAGAAAUUUAUGCAGAAUUUGUUUUCUAGCUCUGUUUUUAAAAGUGAACAAAAGAGCAGCUGUACUGCAUAGACCGAAUGUCUACUCUGUCUCCGGCAGUGGCCAAAAACUGAUGUCUUGGGAAGAAUAUAAGGCAAGAGUAAGCAUAUAUGAAGGAUACUUGCAGAAUAAUCCAAAAUGUGCCUGUCAUUUGCCAAGAAAAAGAGGCAGUCAUUGUCUUCAUGCAUAAAUUUAUUUAGGUGGUGUUAAAAAAACAGCUAAAACUGAGUAACGCUGUGUAAUAUAAAUAGAGAACUGUGAGAAAAAUUGUUUGCAUGUGAGUCUGCUUUAUGUGUGCAAAAAUAUGUUUUAAAAAACAAGAAGUCAGAAAACAGCGAGUCUCAGGUCUUCUGCUGUGCUUAUCAGAAAAUCGAAGAGACUUUACUCUCUUCAUGAUAAUAGGUGUACUGAAAAGUAGAGGGGCAGUGGCACUAAGUUUUUAGGAGUCACUGCCAGGAUUUGGUAGCUUGGCACAUAUGGUAAAGUCAUGGAUGGGUUUGAUCACUGCGGAUGAAUCUGGACUGUGGGACAUAAACCUCCUUCCAAACGCGUGGUUCGUGAUGAACUGCUGCCUUCGUGCACACCAGUGUCGCCGUUCCCGGUCAAGGGGCAGCCCUGGUGCAGCGCAGUCAGGCGUCUUUGAGUCCGGACAACUGUGGAGGUAGGGUAGAGGGAGCGAGGGCGUAAGACACCUAACCUGCCUCGAUACUCGUUUGUGUAAGUGUAUGCCUUUUGCUAAAUAUAGAACUGAUGAAGGCUCGAUUUAUCAGGGAUAAAUAUCCAAACAGUAAGUUCAUUUUUGCUAUUGUUUUUCAGUAAAGAUAAGUUCUUUAAUCCUGCCAAUUCUUCAUGUGAACAAGCCCCUUUGCCUCUUUCAUUUGUGAAAUAGAUGUGAAGAUCUUUACUUUUUUGAAUAAGAACCAGACCCUUUAUGAAAAGAUUGACAAUCAGAAGUGAGUUAGUGAGACAAAAUAGUAAAAUAGUUUUUCUACCAAAAAAAUAGCAUUUAUCAAUCACCUAGGGCCA